AUGUGGGACUAUCGCAAUGAAAUGGAUAGGACAAAUCUAGGAAGUACUAUUCGUAUGAAGUUUGCUGAUAAUGAGGUGCUGGGACAACCAUACAGAUUUCAGAGAAUAUACAUUUGUUUUGCUGCUUGCAAGUUCGGCUUCAAGGCUGGUUGUAGAAAAAUAAUCGGAGUGGAUGGUUGUUGGUUGAAGGGUCCUAUGUACGGAACUCAACUGUUAUCUGCAGUUGGAAUUGAUGGUAACAAUAAUAUAUUUCCCAUUUCCCACGCCAAUGUUGAGAAAGAAAAUAAAGAUACAUGGACUUGGUUCUUGACUUAUUUGGUUAGCAAUUUGGAUAUACAGGAGGAUGAGGCUAGUUGGACCUUUAUGUCUGACAAACAAAAAGGUCUUAUUGAAGCUUUUAAUGAUAUUUUACCAUAUGUUAGUCAUAGAUUUUGUGUGAGACACCUUCAUAACAACUUUAAAAGAGCAGGUUUGGGUAGCUUCUCAUUAAAAAAGGCACUAUGGGCUGCUGCAAAGGCUACUACUAUGCAACAAUUUAUUGUAUGCAUGAAUCAUAUGUUUGAGUUAGAUCCAAAUGUUGCUGCUUGGUGUAAUGAAAAAGAACCUAGUCAAUGGACAAUGACUUAUUUCUCCUCACAUGCUAAAUCUGACAUGUUAUUGAAUAACGUGUGUGAAGUAUACAAUAGCAUGAUACUCGAUUCUAGAGACAAGCCAAUUUUGACACUUUUAUUGAGAUAUCUACUCAUGGCUAGAAUGCUAGCUAACCGAGAGAAAGCAAAACAAUGGAAUCUAGGAGCUAGUAUAUCAUGGAUAAUUGGGCAGGAUUCGGAGAAGAGAACAUGUAGUUAUAGAAAAUGGAGUCUCACUGGAAUCCCUUGCAAGCAUGCAAUUGCAGCUAUUUGGGCUAAUCGAGGAGACAUUCUUGAUUAUGUCCAUGAUUCCUACAAUGUGGAAACAUACAGAAAAAUAUAUGAGAAUGCAAUUUUUCCGAUGAAUGGCCCGCAAAUGUGGCCAAGAUCUAACAAACUUCCCCCGUUGCCUCCAAGGAGCUUGACAAGUACAAAGAGAGGAAGAAAGAAGAAGAAGAGAAGAAAAGAAGUUGAUGAAGUAGGGGCAAGUCGAACAAUGAUGAAAAGGAAACAAAAAUCUCUAGAUUGUAGUACUUGCCACAAGUCUGGUCAUAAAAAAAGGACUUGCAAAACUAAAGAUGUGCAGCCUGAAACUACCACUUUUGUUCGUGAUAAACUACCUGUUAGACAGAGAUCUCCGGAAGUUCAACAGCAAAAUAUGAAACAGAGAGUAGUAGGAAAAGGAGAAGAAAUGAAUUCUUCUUGGAAAUAUUCACAACAAACCCAACAAAGUGGAUUUCUGCGCGAAUCUGGUGAUGUUUGGUGCAAUUUUGGACUCUAUUUUUGGAGAUUUUCUCGUGCAGUUUUGGAUUCUGAUGCAGUUCUAGUGCUUUCUGGUGGUGGUGUUGAUGCAAGUUUAAUGUCGAUUUAG